UACGCAAGGCUUAGGACCUCCAUCCCCCUCUCAUCUCUGCCGCACUAACAGGGAAGCGUUAGGGAGGCACGCGUAUACAAAGAGGAUAGAAAGAUUUGCGCUUUUUUCAUCACCGAAUACUUUCAGCGAUAUGCUGCUGCAUCCAAAGAGUAGUGGUCUUCAGUUUCAUAUGUCGAUAACGGAGGAAUCCUCAUAUCAGUCUGGCACCUCGUCGCCGAAAAAUACCCAGAUUAUAUAUCUAUGAACUACUUCGAAAACAUGUUCUCCUUAAGUUUUUCAGUCUCAUAAAUAAGAGGCGUCAAGACUUUUAGAAACUCACUAGGUCCGUUAUAUCACUUACACAGCGCUAAAUGCGUGUGGGUUACGAUACUUCUUGCUUUGUAAGCAUGCCGAGAUAAUGAAAUAAACUUGCGAAAAUGGUCGGAAAUAAUCUGAUUGUCUGUCAUUUUGGUUUAUUCGUUCAAACUUGAAGACGUAAGAUAAAAGCUUAGAACACCAGAUUUGAUUCUUAUGUCGAAGCUUUAUCAAGAGUUUUAUAUUCUCUUGAGCCUUACCCAACACAUAGUUUUCAGCUUUUCAUUCAUUUAAAUCAUUCUGGCCCAACUCCACCCACCGAUAGGGGGUCUUAUAGUGCAAUGUGAAAUGGCCUGUUCCCCAUGAAAUGUCAGACGAGAUCUCGUUGUUCCCGAAGGAAGUCCAUUGACUGUGGAUGACAUUUAAAACAAUUUUCUCGAAGUGGAAAUAGUGGAGUAGGGUCUGGAGACGACUAAUGCUCAUGGACGCUUAGUUAAGAAAAUAUAAAGUGUGUUCAGAAUCGUGCGUUUGGCAGCCGCUGAUCAGUUAAUCAAGGCUUCUGUUUAACCAGCUGAAACCGGAAGUUAAUGAUAUCGAUUCAGCUGUUGGUGACUGUUAAGGUUCAUUCCUCAUGAAUGUGAUUCUAAAAUGUAGUAGUAUCAGUGGAAUAUUAUGCGAUAGACUUAAGAAGGAGCUGUUGCCUUUCCAUGUGGCACAGAAUAGUGAACAUUGCCGAAAAAAGAGGAACAGCUGGAUUCUGCGGGGAAAUUUAAUAGAUGUCCACCUCUGACAUGGAAAAUGUGGAUAAAAACAAGAGUAGUGAUCAUCAGAACAGAAAACAUGGCCCUCUACCUUUGGCUGAGAUUUCAGUUUAUUGGGUUGUGUGGAUUUCUUUGUUAUCAUGUGCCAUGUACAGCAUUUACAAAGCUUCUGAAGACUAUAAAGAUGAGAUUUAUGCAGAUGACCUACAGGAGGGAUGGAAAUUUAUUGGAAGAAAAAAGGAUGUGACUGAUUUUGAGUGGGAAUUUUGGAUAAGUGCAAUAAAAUCCUUGAUGCCUGCCAUGUUGGUUCACAUGCUUGGAGGACUUUUUUUCUCAAGAUUUAUUCCACAGCUCAAACCACUGUAUUGCCUUGCCUUUGCCUUAUCAUUUCUACUUUAUAUCACCGGCCUCAAACCAGUUUUGUUCAUGGUUGGACAUUGCCUGCUUGUUUAUGCCUCUUGUUUCUUGUUCAAGUCGAUCAUUGCCAUGUGGAUCUGCUCUCUUGGUAUUGUUCUCUCUCUACAGAUACACUCAGUAAGAAUGUGGCAGAUUAAUCCUCUGAGUCCAAUCGGAGAGAUAAAAAAUUUUACAUUAUUUGUAUGCAUGAUGGGAAACCUCCGCUGCAUAAGCUUUGGAAUGGAAUAUUGCUGGCGAUCACGUGAGAUGGAAAAAGACAAACCCCUAAAGCAGUAUUCGCUUAUAGACCUGCUGGUCUAUAACUUUUAUUUGCCGCUAUUUGCCAAUGGUCCUGUUGUCGACUUCGAUACUUUUCAGAGGACAUUUUAUCAACCGUACAGGCCGUUUACUAGAGAAGAGGUAAAAUCCCUUCUAUGGGGAACAGCACGCACCCUAUUCUGGUACUUUUUCCUAGAGUGCUAUUUACACUUUAUCUACUCGACGGCCUUUACUCAAGACCCUCGCUUAUUUAGUGCCUUGGACAAUUGGGCCCUGUGUGGGAUCAUGUACUCUCAGCUACACAUCUUUCUUGUUAAGUACAAGGUGUUCUACCGCUGUACAACCUUACUGGCGGAGGUCGAUAGAAUCGAAGUUCCUUUACUUCCCAGAUGUGUCACGACACUGUACCUCUUUACUGACAUGUGGAAAUACUUCGACAGGGGUCUUAAUUUCUGGAUGAAAAGAUAUAUUUACAUACCUCUGGGAGGGUCCCGCACAGGUGUUUUUCGUCAAAUUGUAGCUUCGUUUUCCGCUUUUGCCUUUAUAUGGCUGUGGCAUGGCGCGCAUGCGCACACGGUAUGGUGGUUCAUCCCUAAUUGGAUUGGAGUUGUGGUAGAAUCUAUGGCAGGCAUUGUGUUAAAGCUUCCUUCUGUCAGACGAUGGGAGGACAAGCUUUCUCCAGCAGCAUCCCGCCGGAUUCGCGCCAUGUUUGGUGUUGUGACCGUGUCUUGCUUGAUUCUAAGUAACCUGGUGUUUUUGAGUGGAUCCGAACCCAUUUGGUUUUACAUCAAGAGAAUGUUAUAUUUCGGUUGGCCCUCGUCAACUCUUCUGAUACUUUUCACCAUGUACCUCGUUGUACAAACAAAUAUGGAACUCAACCGACACAUAUCCAAGUGGUGAUGGAACUAAUUUUGAAUGAAACUUAUGGUUAUCGGGGAAAGGUGUUUUUCGUCUUGUCACGAGCGUGAGACAAAGAAAAAAUCUGAGUCCCCAUGAGGAAUCGAACCUCAGACCUUCGAAUGCCGCACUGCGAUGCUCUACCACUGAGUCACAGAGACUCUGCGGUGAGCGAGGUCUAUUAUGAAGUUCGUAUGACACGCGUCCUGCAUAUUGCUAGGAUCAGCAUGUGUCGAUAACAUCAUGUUUGUAAAUAGAUUAAGAGAGAUGGUGAGUUUUUAGCUCGGCAAAAAGAAACAGAGAAGUUAUUAUGGUUAUUAAUGAUUCAAAAACAGUAUGAUUUGUUAUGAUAAAUUGAUGACAGAAAAUAUAACUUCUCGUAUGUUAUUGUUUCAUGCUUAGAAACAGUGACAUUAACAUUUUGGAAAAUUUAUUCUGGAAAACCUAUGAAAUAGGAAUGAAUAAAGUACUGUAUACUA